AUGAAUUGUAAAUGUGAUGGUGAAAAUUUGAGGUCAGGCGGAUUGGGUAAGCUCCUCGGCGUAGGCGGAAGACGUCAUCAUCACGGAAGUCAUAGAUUCUCAUCGCAUGGAAUCGGUUCACGAUCACGUUCGAAUACGUUCAAGAAUAUGAUCGUUGGCGCAGCGGCCGGUUAUCUCACCUAUCAGGCUGGCAGGGCCAUUAUUCGAUCGAUGGCUGGGCCAAUGAUGUGGAAUAACCGUCCGUACUACUGGGGAUCGAAUUAUUAUCGGCCGCAACGUGGGCAGGAGAACAUGUGCCGAAUGCCGAUUGAUCCAUCUGAUCCACAGUUCGGAAAUAUCUAUCAACCGGACGGCGUAACUCGUCCACAUGAGAUCGUAUGGGGAUGCGGUUAUUACGAAUACUGUUGUGGCUACGAGUGCUGUCGUGGCGGUGGAGCGUCACGAAUCGGUGGCUACGGUGCCUCUAUGGGAUAUUGA